ACAAUAGAACUAAGAGAUAAAGGUUGAGAAUUAACGGUAUUAUGGCGGGGAAAAAUGGCAAACACGGCCACCAUACUGGUAGAACUCUUCGCUCUCCGUUUGCAAGAUCUUCUAGACGUGAAGGGGUUUUGGUUAAAAAAGUUCGACAAACUAGUGAAAAUUCAGAAGAAAUUCCUUCAGCAAGCCUUAUUGAUACGAUAAGUUAUUCCCUUGGUAAGCAGAAUCGAUGGCUUAUGCCUGAAAUGAUCAAAACGUCUGCAAAUCCUCAAGAAGUUGUUGGAGAAGAAAGUGAUUUUCUUCUCGUUGAGCAAAGAAGUACUCAGAUUGGCCGAAGAGGUCGCUGUAUUUCUGUUUACGACAGCUCGAAUGGAAAGAUUAGAAAGCCGAGACGAAGAUAUGGUGAAGCUCAAAGCCUCAGGGAUGAAUCAAGCCAAGCUGAGUUGGAAUUUGAAGUGCUGUAUCCAAUUGCCAAAGGUUCUUGGCCACUGAACUCGGAAGUAAAGUACAGUGAAAAAUGUCGUGGAACAAGAAAAGGUAGCUCUAAGAACAGAAGAGGAAAGUGGAGCGAGAGUCUGUGGAGUGCAAUGGUAGAUGAUUAUUUUAAUGAAGGAGACGAAGAUUAUGAUGAUGAUGGUGAAGAUUUUGAUGCUGGUGAUGAUGAUGAUAGUGAUGACAAUGCUCAUGAUAACAUGCACUUUGAAGAAAGCAAAGGUCACUCACUCUUCAUUUCUCUUGGUGAAUAUGUGAGGAAUCAAGCCAAACCACCCUCUCGUAUUCAGAGACAAUCCUUCAAUAAUGCUGUUAGAGGCCAAAACAAGUGUAGCUUCAAGGACAAAGUCAUAACCAUUGACGACAAAGAACGUGUUACAGAACAUCAGAGAUUGGUAGCAAAUGCAAGAGUGAUGGAUUCCUUAAUGCUUAGUUCCUUGAAGUCGAAAGAAGAGGAUUUGAAGAAUACGAGUAGAAAGAAGUUAAAAACCAAAAGGAAUAGAAGCCUGAGACAGUUUGCCGCACUGCAAGAUGAGGAAUGUAAAAAAGAUAUGAUGAAUGAAGAUCCUACAAUGGAAAGUAAAAAUGCCAACAAACAGUCCUUACAUGCAGAUUGUAUAUCAGAAAAUUAUCCAUCUUGUGGAGUUCAUUUACAAGGAACAGAAAUUUUAGCAUCAGAGCUGCAAAAGUCCUGGGGGGAAAGCUAUAGAGAAGGAGGAUGCGAUCCUCGAAAGUUUGCAAUUGAUUUAACAGGACUUAUGAAAAGUUAUUCUAAAGAGUCUGACAUUGAUUUGGCUGUUAUGGAGAUAUUAUUUGAGCUCAAGAAACCUGAAGUCAAGACAAGUGAUAUUUGCAAGGCUUCGGUAAAACUUUUACUUCAUGAAGGACUUUCAGAGCUUAACUUGUCUUUCGAAACAACUGAAUUGAUUAAGAGAGAAUUUAUUGACUCGUUAAGCAACAAUGGUUCUGACGUUUGCAGUGUUAAUAAAAUUAUCAAUGAUGGGGUGAAAUCUAUUGAAAAAUAUGAAAUACUGCAAGACCAGAAGCCUUCAAAAACCAGUGAGAAGAAACCGUUGUAUACAUCAGAUGUGUUUGCAGAAGUUCUUGGAUAUAAAGGAAGGAGUUGUACUGAAAGAGAGGUAUUUAUUGAGGCCAGAAAGGAAGUAGUGAAGAAGAGUGAAAAUGACGCUGAAGGCUUGGGUGUGUCCAGUUCAUGUACGUCGGAAGCUGCAUGUGGGAUAUGCUUUGAAGAUUUCAACAAUGAAGGUAGCCUGAAUCACACCACUCUACUAUCAUGUGGACACUCAUUCUGUAAUUCCUGCUGGGAAGUGUACAUCAAAGCUAUGCUUAACAUGGGAGAAAUUGAUCUGUUGUGCCCUGGACACCAAUGCCAGACCCCUUUAGAUGGCAUCACCAUCAUGAGUUUGGCAACAUCUUGGUAUGGCAAGUACUUUUCCUGGAAGAUAAAGAGACACAUUACAAAGAAUCCAACUUUAAAACAUUGUCCAUCCAAAGGAUGCCCUCUUGUAAUGCAGAUAACACCAUGCAAAGAACUGAAAACAACAACAACAAAAUCCACUACAACUUCUUUACCAGUAGUCUGUUCUUGUAACCAGUCAUGGUGCUUCCAGUGCCUAGAGCCUUCCCACUGGCCGUCACAGUGUGAAAAAGCCCAGACAUUUCGAGAUGAGUACAAGGAGUAUGCCAGAAAUUUCAAGAGAGACAGGCCAAAAGGAAAGGACAUCACCAGUGUGAUGGUGAAGAAGUGCCCAACUUGUAGCUAUCCUAUUGAAAAGUUUCAUGGAUGUGACCACAUGUAUUGUAUAUUUUGUAGAAUUCACUUCUGUUGGCAGUGCCUUACUACUUUAAGUGGCCAUAAUUACUAUGAUUGUAGGAACAGAGUAAUUGCCAAGAGUGAAGUCAAGCUCCCUACAGUCCCUAAAACCAAGAUGCAAACUCUUAUUGAUAUUGCUCUGUCAAACAACUAUGCCAGAAAAUCGACCAAUGCAAUUGGUGUGCAGCGAAAAUUGAAGUCAAUGGAACAAGGAAUCAAUGCAUACUGCUAUCUUAAAACCAGAGCAUUAAGAAAUACGCACAGUUCUCGAAUCACCUCCAUUCUAGAAGGAAUGAUCAAGCAGAAUACUUUGAUGCAUGUUAAAGAUGCUUUUAAUUUCAAGUUCCAAGCUCAUAUUGUUCUGGAAGGUUUAGCAAUAUUUCUUGUAAAGGGGAGUAAAGACCAUGAUGGUACACUCCAAAAUGACCUAAUGAGGUUGGUGUUUAUUAUGGAGGGGCUUGAUGAUUUAUUAAAAAAGCCUUGUUCUGCCUGUAAUGAGGAAGUUGUAAGCAAGUUGACUGAGUUGAUUGAGAGGGGGAAGCUAUGUAUUAGAGAUAUCAAAAGGCACAUGAAAAAUAACAUGUAAUUUUUUUCCAAGAAUCUAAAUGCAUGAUUAGUACUGGAUAGAUGGAUGUGUGAGUGAGUGAACAAAUGAGUGAGUGAGUGAAUGAUGUGUGAGUGACAUUGAGAUAUUUGAAAUGCACUAUAUAAGAAACUCCUGUUAUUAUUAAAUAUAUAAUCAUCGAUGAAAUAUCUACUUUUAACUGAAUAUGACAUGGCCGCUUGGAGAUACGAAUUUUAUCUUCUCGUGUUGAAAAUAUCUUACUCUUUUGAUGGACAGACUCAUUAGAUAUCACCUCAAUGCUCAAUGAUAAACUCUUUAUCUUUUCAUGACCAUGUAAAAUAUAUGACCUAAUGGAAUUAUGAGAUAGGAAGCAAAAGCAUGUAAGUCUACAGAAGUAAAUAAAUAGUAAUAAAUGUA